CAAUCAAUCAAUGUCAUUUCGUUGUCAGUUGUGUAUUUUGGAUACAAAAUAAUUUGAGGUUGUUUUUUCUUUAUUUAUUUAGAUAAAAAUACUUUAUUUAUACAAAAUAUGUCUUCAAACCUGACAUGGUUAAAAGUUUUCACAAUAUACGUGCCCUAAUUGUUUUAACGUCGGAGAAGCCUCAAGUCUUUUACAAUGGACAACGUAACAGAAAAAUUGUUUCAGUGUUUUGGUCAUCGAAAGUUCAAAAGUGAACUUCAGGAACGUGCAAUUAGAGCAAUAGCAAGAGGAGUACACGAUGUUUAUGUUUCAAUGCCCACAGGCUCUGGAAAGUCUCUAUGCUUCCAGUUGCCUGCAAUGUUGCAGGACAAUAAAGUGGCGAUUGUGUUCUCCCCACUGUUGGCUCUCAUCAAAGAUCAAAUUGAUCACCUCUCUAAAAUAAAAAUUAAUGCUGAAUCUAUUAAUUCUAAAAUGACAUCAAAAGAUAGAGAGAGAGUUCUUAAUGAUUUAAGAAGCAUGAAACCAAACACUAGAUUUUUAUAUGUAACACCUGAACAGGCUGCUACAGGUACAUUUAAAUCUCUGAUGGAGCAUCUUGUGAAAUAUAAAAAGCUGUCAUAUGUUGUUGUUGAUGAAGCUCAUUGUGUCAGUGAAUGGGGCCAUGACUUUAGACCAGAUUACUUAAAACUAGGUAAUCUCCGAGAACAAUAUAAAAGUGUACCAUGGGUUGCCCUUACAGCUACUGCAAGUGCUGAAGUGGCAAAGGAUAUAUUAUCUAAUCUCAAGCUGUUAUUACCUGUGGCACAAUAUAAAACACCAAGUUUCAGAAGAAAUUUAUUCUAUGAUGUGAUUUAUCAAAACUGCAUAGAUGAUGAAGUGGGCCACUUAACGGAAUUCUUGAAAAAAAGUUUAAAAGAAGAAAAUGAAAAUGUCAAACCUAAAGAUAAAAAUGCUGCUAUAGUUUAUUGUCGAACUCGAGAACAAACUGAAGAUUUAGCCAAUAUGUUGAGUAAAAGAGGUUUAAUGUCUUUAGCUUAUCAUGGAGGUAUGAAAUCUUCAGAACGUAUAUCAGUUCAAGAAAAAUGGUCACAGGGCGAAGUACCUUGCGUGUGUGCAACGGUGUCGUUUGGCAUGGGAGUGGAUAAAGCGAGCGUGCGCGCCGUUGCCCACUGGGGUAUCGCCCAAAAUGUCGCCGCGUAUUAUCAAGAAUCUGGUAGAGCUGGUCGAGACGGCAAGCCAGCUUUUUGCCGUAUUUACUACUGCCGCAGUGAACGCAAUGCUGUUGAUUUCUUACUCAAAAGUGAAGUAGGGCGCUCUAAAACACCUGAGCAAAAAAAUAGGUGUAAGGUCGCCUACAAAAGCUUUGAAGUUAUGGUGAAAUAUUGCGAAGAUAUCAAGUGUCGUCAUAAGGUUUUUGCUGAGUAUUUCGGUGAGGAGAUUCCGAAGUGUGGCGGGCGAUGCGACGUGUGCAGCGACGAGCGCAGCGUGCGGCGCGCCCUGGACCAGCACCAGCGCCGCGCCUCGUCGGCACAGCUACGCUCCGGCGGACUCGUUGUUAACCAGGACGUGUCAGACCUCUACGGGGAAGGCCGACUGGGACAGAAAAAGGAAGUUGAGUCAUAUUAUGGAGGAGACAGUGGUGAUUCCGAUGGUGAAAGUAACCGUCGUAGAAUUGCGCAGGAAACGAAAUCUCUUAUAAUGCAAGAAUUUGCUAAUAGGAAAAAGCGAACUGAAGAUAAAAAAUCUAGUAAUGAUGCGGAAUCUGCCAAACAUUCGAAAUGUAAAGCUGCUGAAAGUACACCCAAUAAAGUUAAUGGGUUAACAGUAGCGAGCCGAGAUGGCUAUCUCGUAUUACUUACCGAUGCCUUAAAUAAUAAUUUUCAUAGCACUAAGGACAUUGACCACUUCGACAAGCCGCUUUCCAAAAACGACAUAGAGCAGUGCGCUAUAGAACUGGAGUACGAAGCAUUCUCGUGUAGUACGGUCAUAAGUUUGUACAGGCGAGCGAUGUCCAAGUUGAUAUCUUCCGUAAAAGCAUGCAAGGACCAUAUUUAUCCACAGUUAAAAGAGUUUGAGCCGAAAAAAAAUAACACACUCAGGGAAUUUGUUAAAGAAUAUGAGCAACAGAGAGCAAAAAACGGUUUUAUUACUGCAUCACAAUUAGAACUGGAAAAUAAAAAAGAAAUUCAAUUAUCUAAAUCCGAUAAAGAAACAAAACGAAAAGCAAACUCUUUUAAGAGAGACCUUAUGACACAGACAAAACUAAAAAGCUUCUUUGUUAAAUCAUCAAAGGAAUCUUCUAACAAUAGUCCUAAUGAAAGUGAUGAUGAUGCAAAUGGUCUCGUUAUUGAUGAAAAUAGUGGAGACAGAAGAAACAGUGAAAUCAACGAUUCGAACACAAACAGUAAUGAUACUACACUUAAGUUAAAAGAAAUCAAUGAUGAAGUUGCCAACACUGAUGACAAUCAAACUAUAGGUGUCCAAGGCGAACCAGCAGACGUUGACAAACACUCGUCCGAUCAUGAAUCUGAUACCUUCGUGAUUAAUAUUACAUUAAAGGGUAUACCAAAAACCAAUAAAGAAAACGUUAAAGACAAUGAAACGGAUGAACAAGAUACUACUAAAAAAAUUGAAAAAGUAAAAAAUGACCCUAAAGUGCCAAUGAAAACCGAUCGUAAAACGAAUAAAGGUAAAUCUCCAUCAAAAAGGAAAAUUAAAGCCCUGUUUGGGGAAUCUUCCGAUAGCGAUAGCGAAACUAGGCCAUCUAAAAAAAUUAAGACAAGCCACAGCAAAAGCAAUCAUAUAAAAAAACCGUCUACGAAAAAUAGUGUCAAGGAAUCAAACAAUCAAGUUCCUAAGACAAAUGGCACUUCUGUGGAACCUGCGUCAUUAUUUGGGCAAUCAGAUGAUGAGUCUGAAAAAGAAUUAGUAAUCGACGACGGUACUGAUUAUAACAUUAACAAAAGUGCAGAAGAAACUUUAGUACUUAGCAAUGUUAACGAUGAGAAUGAUGAGACGAAAAGCAAUCAGGACUCUACUAUUGAAGAAAAUAAAUCUAACAGUUCUGGAGGGUCGCUUCAAGUCGAUAGUGAAGAUAUGAACUUGAAUAAAGCUCGUAAACUAAGCCUAGAAGCAGACGCAAUAAUGCAAAAACUAUUGAAGUUUAAAGAUCUGCCACCUGAACCUGAACUCCCUGAAAAUGAAUCAAAUAUUGAGAAAGACCUGGAGGAAAAAUUACUGUCCUCUUCAGCACCACCUAAAAUUAAGGAAAAAUAUGAAUCUAAACACAAACUUAGCUUAAGUAAAAAAAAUAAAAUUGAACGAAAGACAAAGGAGGCCUCAAGGGAAAAACACAAAAACGAGAAAUCACAUCACAAAGAAAGUAAACACAAGAUCAAAAGUGAUGUGACUAAAGAUAACCAAGCUACUACAAAAAAGGCCGAAAAGGUAGAUCUUGCCAGUCUUGUGGUUAAACUGCUUAUGCCAUAUUAUAAAAAGAAGAAAAUAAGCAGUCGUGACCUAUUUAAGACUACUGCACGACAUAUUGUUCAUCAAUUGCUGGCAAUACAAGUGACAGAAGAAGCAGCUAUUGAUCUGUUGUUAAAGAAAGCUUUUGGGAAAGAAUUUAAAAUAGAAAACGAAAGUGACUUAGUAGUUAAGUUAAAUUUGAACAAUGUUGUAUAAUUUAAUAAUUUAUUAAGUUUGAAAUCCUUACAAUAAUAUUGUUAUUCUUGUACACAUGCAUAAUUAAUUUAAAAUAAAUGCUCAUAUUGCGUGUUUUUAA